UCUGUGUGUGUGCGUGUGUAUGUUUCUCUGUGUGUGUGUUAGGAGGUUGCCAGAUCUGUCUGCUGGUUUUGCGGAGAUCUCCAGCAUCAGCUGUUCCCCAGCGCAGCAAAACAUCCCACUGAGCAGAAGACCCUCAUACAGCACUCCACGAAGCCCUCACAGGUCUGUGCACCAGAGCCGUAUACCCGGAGCCCCCACCGCAGUCCAGGCACUGCCCUCUCUGCAGAACCUCCUGGACACACACACACCCAGCCACACACCCAGCCAGGAGUCGGCCUCCACUUCCAAAGCCACUGAGGAGUCUGACGAGGAGGAAGCUGAUUCAUCGGCCGCCAGCCAAUCAGGCUUCUUGUCAGUGAGCUCACGGCAGCUACGCGAGACAGGAUUGGCUGAGGAAGGGAGAAGGGGCAUGUCUGGUGGAGAUGUGGAGGCGGAGUCAGAUGAUCAGGAUGAGGAGGAUGAUAGAGCAUCUGCAUCUGUGUGUAGCGGUGGUGGUGUGUGUGAGGCUCCUCGGUCCUUCAGCCCCUCGUCAUCAGAGGAAGAGGAGCAGCCCUCUCGCACUGCAUCACUUGCAGCCUUCGAGGAAGAGGAGGAGCGUAUGCUAUCGCAGGAGAGGGAGAAGGAGGAGACUGAUGAUGAGGAGGAUGAUGAGGAUGACGAUGGGGAGGGCUCUCAGACUGAAGGCCGACCCUCUGAUGAUGACUUCAUAUCAGUAGGGGACAGCCCUGACAGAGGUCCUGAAGUGGAGGUAUACGAUAUGGUGAGGCACCAGCCAGCAGAGGGCAUGGAGGAGACACAACGGGCCAGCUCCACUCUGGACGACGUGCUUCAGGGCAUGCUGGAGCCAUCCUCUAAUCGAAGAGCCAGGAGCCCUGAGCGCUCAGCCAAUCACAGAGCCAGGAGCCCCGAGCGCUCAUCCAAUCAUAGAGCCAGGAGCCCUGGCACCCGUCUACACUCCAGACACGUGAUGAUCAUGGAGGCUGAGAUGGAUGUCGAGGGUGCGAGCAGCAGACCAGGAGGAGACACAGCAGAGCGUCAGUUACAGGAAGUGGCGUCUGAUCCUCCUGGCCUCGUCAUGUCAGCCAAACCAGACGACCGAGCGGAGUACCAAGGCAUCUGGAGUCACCCACACAGGGUGAUUGUGCUGGAACACACUCCUGGGAAGGAGCCGUACAGGAGAACCAGAGAACCACAAGACUGACACCAACACUUUUGUCAGGUAGCCGUGGUUACACUCAAGUUGCCAAGGGGUGGAGCCUGUAACCGUGGUGGUUAUCAGGUUGCCAAGAAGGACUGUGGUCUGUAGCCAUGGGGAUGUGCGGGAUUGGAAGGUGGCCUGUCUCCAUAGUGAUAGUGGGCACGUUGUUGACGUCGCAUGCAGAAACAGUCUGCUCAGUGUACAUACGCAAUGCAAAAUUACGAUGCAUUCUGGUCAGAAAUUUCAAACCAGAAUGCACUGAAAUGCCGAAGUGCGUAUGCGUGCUGUGCAGACUACUUCUGCAUGCGCCGUCACUGUCUUAUCCAAGACGAUACUCACGACCAAGUUGAUGAUAUUGAUGUUCUCAGCAGAUAGAGCUCUCUAGUGUUUCCCUUUUGGGACAAAACCAAUAUUUAACAUCUACAGGGUUUGAAAUAUUUAACUGGUUUUAGAUUGCAUAUUUAUGGCCCCCCAAUAUCUUCAUCAUUGAUAUUGACUUUGCAAUGUUGCACUGUAAAAGUUCUCAAUUUUAUAGCCCAAUGUUCAGUUUUUAAGACAUUUUUAAUCUUAGAUCUUUGCAAAAUCCUGUUCUGAUUGAUGAAUCAUUAAUUAAUCUGUGUUUUUGGGAAGUGCAUUUGCUGAUUUGCCAGACCGGUGUUGUUGUACAUGUUUAUAAGUCUUAAAUGUGUUCCAUUCAGAGAUUUUAAAUAUUUAAUAUUUUUCAUCCAUGAUUGCCAUUAACUGUUUAUUAUUCAAAGUUGUUUGUUGUAUUGUGGCACUAUUUAAAUAAAUAUGUAAUGAAUCAACA